GAGUUGCUGUUCAUCAGAACUUUACAGCUAUGGACUCAAGAACGGUGUUUGUCUUAUUAUGGAUGUUGCUGUUGUCCACCUCCACUGGAAUCAAACUAGAUGGAAAUGGUUAUGUUGACAUUACCAUUGCAAUCAGUUCAAACGUACCACAGAAUAACACGCUCAUUGAUAAAAUCAAGGACAUGUUCACUGAAGGGUCAAAUUAUCUUCAUCAAGCAUUGAAUAAAAAGGUCUAUUUCAAAGAAGCAACUAUACUCGUUCCACCCAACUGGAAUGGUAAGGAAUUUGACAAAGCAAGAACAGAGUCCUAUGAAAAGGCCAAAAUAAGAAUCGAUAAAGCUCAGUCAGAUGAGCCAUACGCUCAUCAGUAUGAUGAAUGUGGAAAGGAGGCUCAGUACAUUCAUUUAACCCCAAACUAUCUCCUAAAUGACUCUGUCAUUCAGCUUUACGGACCAAGAGGAAAGGUCUUGGUUCAUGAAUGGGCUCAUCUGAGAUGGGGCGUGUAUGAUGAAUACAGUGAAACAAAGCCAUUCUACCACGCUAAUGGCCGCGUUGUAGCUACAAGGUGUAGCAAUUUCAUUGAUGGGCUGCUUUAUAAUGUUAAUGCUGAUGGAUCUCUUCAACUGUGCCACAUUGAUCCACAAACUUUUCUACCUACCGAAGGCUGCAAGUUUUUUCCAAACAAAAACCAAUACACAGACAGCUCCAUAAUGUUCAUGCCAAGUCUGGAUUCUGUGAGCACAUUUUGUCAAGCAAACCAACACAAUUAUGAAGCCCCAAACCUGCAAAAUGAAAAAUGUGGCAACAAGCCGACAUGGAAUGUAAUAUUUGAGGAUUCUGUGGAUAAAGACACACUUCGUUCUCUAAAUCCAAUAUCAUCCUCUCCACCAGCACCAACUUUCAAAGUUGUGCAGCGAGGGCAACGGGUUAUUUGUCUCAUCCUUGAUGUCUCAGGAAGCAUGGCAACAGGCUCCAGAAUCCUUCGACAGCGGCAGGCUGCCACACAUUUACUGCAGAUCAUCAUUGAGGAUCAAGCCAGUGUUGGAAUUGUAAGCUUUAGUGAUGAUGCUAAAACUCUGAGCCCCUUGACUACUAUUGAUGAGUCCACACGAGAGAAACUCGUCAAUUUGCUGCCAGACUUUGCAGGUGGAUACACAUACGUGUGUAAAGGCCUCGAUCUAGGCUUACAGGUACUUUCAACAGACAAUGAGGAUGUAUUAGGAGAUGAAAUCAUUUUUCUGACAGAUGGUAUGGCGACAGACAAGAUUGAUGUUUGUAGUCAGAAGGCCAUAAACAGUGGUGCCAUUAUACACACAAUAGCUUUCAGUGACAGUGCAGAUAAAUUACUGGAGGAAAUGGCGGAACAAACUGGGGGGAUUUACUUCUCAUCCAAUGAUCAGCUCACCUCCAACCAGUUAAUGGAUGCAUUUGGUUCACUUACAUUAUCAACUGGAGAUUACACAAAAGACCCAGUUCAGCUAGAAAGUGUUGGAGAAAUAACAUCAGACUGGUUCAAUGGGACAGUAUCAGUGGAUCAGACUGUUGGUAACAAAACCAGCUUUGUAAUAAUCUAUCAACAAAGUGUUCCUAUCAUUUCCAUCCAGUCACCAAGUGGCUCAACCUACAGUGAAACAGAAAUGAGUCAUGAUAUAGUGCUGAAAACAGUCACCUUGAAUGUUCCAGGAACUGCAGAGCCUGGGGACUGGAAAUACAGUAUCCAAACUACAACACUUCAGGCUCUGACUAUAACAGUAACGAGUCACGCGGCGCGUGCUGAUGUUCCCCCUAUCAUAGUCAAAACCCGCAUGAACCAGCAGUUCAGUGACGGCACUAAACCCAUGAUAGUGUUUGCUGAGGUCAGUCAGAAUUACAGGCCUGUAAUAAAGGCUGAAGUGUGGGCUUACCUGGAGUCCCAAUCUGGGUCCGCACAAGAAUUACAACUCCUGGACAAUGGAGCAGGAGCUGAUGCUUUUCAAAAUGAUGGCAUCUAUUCCAGAUAUUUCACAAAGCUUGAAAAUGGCAGAAUAAGCUUGAAAGUAAGAGUGAAGAAUCAAGAUGGACAAGCCAGAUUGUCACUCCCCAAAAAGACUGGCGCCCCAUACGUACCUGGAUACGUGGUAAACGGUGUGGUGGAGCUGAACCCUCCAAAGCCUCCAGUUUCCGAGGAAACACUUGAGGUUGGAAGCUUCACCAGGACAGCCAUCGGUGAGAGUUUUGAGGUGGCUUUUACAGGCACGACCCCACCAAAUUUCCCUCCUAACAGAAUCACAGAUCUGAGUGCUGAGAUCCAGGAAGACUCUGUGCUUCUCAGCUGGACGGCUCCUGGUGAGGACCUCGACCAAGGGACAGCUAAAUCCUAUGAGAUCAGGUGGAGCUAUGACCUUCAAAUGCUUCGUGAAAGCUUCAGCAAUGGUCAUGCAGUCAACACAGCUGCCGUCUCACCGCAGGAGGCUGGAUCAGUUGAACAGCAUUCAUUCAAUCUCAGUUUCACAAUCCAAAAUGGCACCACACUUUUCUUUGCAGUUCAGUCUGAGGACGAACAAAAUGCAAUAUCUGAAACCUCCAACAUUGCUCAAGUUUCAAAGAUCCUCCCUGAUCCAAAACCCCCUGCAAUAUCAAACCCAGGCUUGAAUUUGACAGUUCUAGUAAUUUCUUUGUGUGUGGUAACUAUAGUCAUAUGCUUUGUUGUUGCUGUAAUCACAUGGGCAGUGAAACGCAGAAAACGCCUUGGGUAAAGCAACAACUGGAAUUAACAAUCUGAUGCAAACAAAUAAAUCAAUCCUUUUGUCUAGUUUGAACAUAACUAUGUACAUGCAACAACUUUAGAACAUUUCUUAAAACAGUUAUCUCUAUCAAACAGAAUUUCUUACUUUCUGAAUAUUUUUUCAAGUACAUGUAUUGCCAUCUCAUUUAGAAUUCUCAUUUAUAAUAGAUUCUCAAUCGAUUUAUCUUCCUCUGAAAUGUGAGUGACUUUAAAUACAAAAGAAUACAAAUAUUUUUUGUACAGUAAGGCAUGUAUUAAACUUUCAUUAUGAUGAUUUAAAGCACAUUUUUAGUUAAUCAAUUCUUUGAAUUUUAAAUGGGGACCUAUUAUGGCAUUUUUCAAAGUCUUGAAGUUGUUUUUGGGCUCUAUUAGACUAGGUUGUGAUGCUCGAAUGCUAAACAAAAAUAACUUAUUUGCCACAUUAUUUGACAUUGUUGCAGUAGCUUUCUUCCCAGUCUGUCAGAGUAACACUUUUUUUUUGUACAGAUAACAAUGUUGUCAAAAUGAUCUCUAUUCACAGAUCUGUGAAAAGGACUAAAAAUGCUGUAGCCUAUAUGUAUAUGCCAGGCCCCCAAAACGCCGUUGUCGUGUAAACGAGUGGCCAAAGCGUAUAAAAAGCUAAUGUAAAUGGCCUCUAAUGCAACUCAACCAGGUUCUUUUUUUUUUUUUUUUUUCUUUUGCAUAAGCCCUGGGCAGGAAUUAUUUAAAUGAGGAAUAUUGUGACGUGUAUGUUCCCAGAAGAAAACUCAAGACUACUAUCUGUGCGUUAAAGGGUUAGUUCACCCCAAAAAAAAAAAAAUAA